AUGUCGUUCUGCCCCUGCAUUUACACCAAGGACAAGAACAAGAAGAGAAACAAAAAAUGGGUGGAAGGCUUUAUAAGGGUUGAAGAAGGAAAAGUGGUUCUUUAUAAUGAGGAUAAACGAAAGUUGUUCAGUUUUAAAGGAAUUGUGAGUGAGGAGAUGGAAUGUUUGUACUAUUUAAUAUUUAUGGAGGACGCUGAGGAUGUUAUCAAGUUGAAUAACGGGUGUGACAGUCAAAGAAAUUGCGGUAAUAGUGACACCGAGAAGGAAGAAGAUGGCAAUUAUGGCAGAAAAAUAAAUGGAAGGAAAAAUGGUGGUAAAAAAGGUUUUGAUAAAGAGGAUGGUAAUGACAGCAGCAAUACGCCCAUACAGAAUCUUUAUCUGGGAGAUACUGGUAGUAUUUGUGGGCAUGAUUCUGGUAUGACUGGUCACGACAGCACUGCUGAUGGAAAAGCACACAAUUGCUCCGUUAAUUGCCGUGACCGAUGUUAUGUGCCAACCAAGAAUGUAAAUGGGCAGAGGUUUGCAGAUACUGAGCAAUGCUGUGAUGAUUUGCAGUCCGAUGCUAAGAGACUUAAAAGAAGUGUAGGAAAGAAGGGGAGAACAAACGAAGAGAUAUGGCGUAUGAUAGAGUAAGACAAGCAUAAGCUUAAUAAAUUA